UGGAGUAGCCUAUUUCAGAGCUUAGCCAAGAAUACUGCACGCAGCAUUUAGGGGUGUAGAUGGCUUGUUUUCCUUAUUUGCUUCCCAAUCAGAAAUUGGAUGAACCUUCGGGAUGCAGAAACAGGGAAAAUCCUCUGGCAAGGAACAGAAGAUCUGUCUGUACCUGGAGUGGAGCAUGAAGCUCGAGUUCCUAAAAAAAUCCUGAAAUGCAAAGCAGUGUCUCGGGAGUUAAACUUUUCCUCAGCAGAACAAAUGGAAAAAUUCCGACUGGAACAGAAAGUUUAUUUCAAAGGGCAGUGUCUAGAAGAAUGGUUCUUUGAAUUCGGUUUUGUGAUUCCUAACUCCACAAACACUUGGCAGUCCUUGAUAGAGGCAGCACCUGAAUCACAGAUGAUGCCAGCUAAUGUUUUAACUGGUAAUGUUAUUAUAGAAACCAAAUUCUAUGAUGACGAUCUUCUCGUAAGCACUUCCAGAGUGAGACUUUUCUACGUUUGAGAUGGGGCUUUUUGGAGAUGUUUUAGUUUUCCUCCAUGCAGUUCUUGGUGCAGAACCCCCCGACUAUCCAGUGGAAGACACUCCUGUAGGCGGUGACCCUGGGGACCAGCUCAACGUGGGUUGUGACCUUUGCCCAUCAGUUAUUUUGCUUUCUCCUCUGACAAGACCAGACCAAACCCUCAGAGACGGGGCCAUCUGCUCAGAGAUGCCCUGGGGAAGAGAGGCUGUCUCUGAACACGGGCAAACGAUGGUCAUGCAGAACCAAUACUGUAAAUUAUGUUAGUCUCAUCCUUUCUACUUUUCUGGACCCUGGUAUAAUCUCCCAUUUCCACUCACACCAAACUCUCAAUGCUUUUCUUUUGGGAUUAAGUUAACCUUUUCAUUUUUCUCAUGUUGUAGGUUUUUAUCCUUUUGCUGGAUUUCUGUGUAACUGGUCCACACAUCCUCUUACCUUGAACUUGUAAAAUAGACUGUGAUAUCACCUAAUGUAAUUAAAACAAAUUUCUCAAUUAAAACAUUCCUACCGUCCAAAGAAGGGAAGAAA